UCCAUUUUUUUUUCUCAUUACAAACACAAAACCCAUUUUUCUCACAAGAAAAGAUACCUCUAUUUGUCAAACUACACCCAUUACUAAGAACCAUGGCUUUCUCCAACAAAUUGCCUUUGUUCCUUUUACUUUCUUCCCUCUUCAUGCCUGCAUCUCUGGCUGAGAUGGCAUGUGAGGACCUUCCAAAGGAAGUGUGUGCAUUCUCAGUAGCUUCAUCAGGGAAGAGGUGUUUGUUGGAGACAGAGAAGGCGGCGGACGGUGGUGUCGAGUACCAGUGUCGCACGUCGGAAGUGGUGGUGGAAAGGAUGGCGGGCUACAUAGAGACAGACCAAUGUGUGGAGGCAUGUGGAGUUGAUAGGAACUCUGUUGGUAUUUCAUCUGAUGCCUUUUUUGAGCCUCAGUUCACCGCCAAACUUUGCUCUUCAGAAUGUUACCAAAACUGCUCCAACAUUGUUGACCUUUUCUUCAACUUGGCAGCUGGAGAGGGGGUAUUUUUGCCAGAACUAUGCGAGAAGCAAAAGACUAACCCGCGUCGUGCCAUGGUUGAGCUUGUGAGCUCAGGAGCUGCACCUGGACCUGUUUAUGGUGUGUCAUCAGCACCUUCCCCUUCUCCCCUGUAAUUUAUUUAGUCCGUUGAAAUUCCACUUUCCUUCGCAUAGAUGGUGUGAAUUGCAAGAGCCACUAUUGUUAUUAUUUUUUUUAUUAAGAUAUUAAUAUUGUGUUACUAUGUUAGAAGAGGAAUAUGGCUUCAUUUGUAUGGGUCGUGUUACGGCUAUUGUAAUAAUACUCAAAAGUGAUUUGGGCACGGUGUUGAUGGGUUUACGUGAUGUUGUUGUUUUGCAAGUUUCUCAAAU